GUAGCUUGCCUUGAGAUUCUGCGAGGAGCUGUGUCUGAGCCAGCUCACCUGAGAGGCAACGAUCAUCGACCACCGGCCUCUUUCGAUCAAGUGCUCAACAACCGGCAAUAUAGUCUCUGCCCCUUCGACUGCCAAAGCACCACUGAUGAAGUCUUUCUGAACGUCGACGAUCAACAGGGCCGACAUCUCUCCGAGCACCGUCGCCGUCGACAUCCUACCGAUCGGGCGCAAGGCAGGCGAAUGCCCCCGAGCCCUGACAGGCCUGACAUCAGUCAAUGAUACGGCGGCAGGCUCAGCAGCUCGCACAAGAUGCCGCACGUAGCAGCAAACGCAGAUUGGCUUCUCAGGCAUCUCCGCUAUCCCUCGCAGGCCUCCCACUUCGCCUUGCUAUCGUCGGCUCAGGUCCUGCAGGCUUCUACGCUGCUGGCCGUCUGCUCAGCUUGCCCGGCACUCAGAACGUCAGGAUAGAUCUCUUUGAGGAGCUCCCCGUGCCCUUUGGACUCGUCCGCUUUGGUGUAGCACCGGACCAUCCUGAAGUCAAAAAUUGCCAACACAAGUUCGAAGAGACGGCUACAGAUCCUCGCUUUCGCUUCUUUGGGAACGUCCAGAUCGGUGGCCUCGUCGAUCCGGAUCACGCCUACGUAUCGCCCACGCCCGCCGCUCGCGAAUCCCGCCAGAGUAUCGCACUUCCUCUCGACCGGCUGCAAGAGCACUACGACGCCGUCCUGCUCACUUAUGGUGCCUCUCGUGAUCGAGAGCUCGGGCUAGCCGGCGAGGACAGCCUGCAAGGCGUCUUGUCCGCACGCUCAUUCGUACAUUGGUAUAAUGCCCAUCCGUCACAGCCAGACCCGACUCAGCUUGACCUGGCCAACACGGAGCAUGUCACUAUCAUUGGUCAAGGCAACGUCGCUCUAGAUUGCGCACGCAUACUUUUAUCGCCAAUAGAUUCGUUGCGCAAGACCGACUUGCCAGAAUAUGUUCUCGCCCAGUUGGCGCGUAGCAAGGUCAGACACGUCGACGUAGUAGGCAGACGCGGGCCACUCCAGAUCGCAUGUACUACCAAAGAGUUGCGCGAGCUCCUUGCCCUGCCCGAUGUAGCUUUUCGGACCGAUCUCAAUCUGCUGGCGGAAGCACAAAGUCAGCUGGCAGGCUCGCCCGAGAUGAGUGGCGCAAGAAUGAAGAAGCGCCUUCUGGACCUCAUGCGCAAAGGAACGUCAGACGGCAGCAAGAGCUGGUCCUUGUCAUUUCUCAAGUCGCCAGAAAAGCUCAUACCUUCAGAAACUCAGUUCGACCGUCUGUCGGCGGUGCGAUAUCGCCACAAUGCGCUCGAGCUCAGACAGGGCGGCGGCGGCCGCGGCGGCGAUCCUAGCGAGGCCAAAGCAGUACCCACAGACAGCACAUCCAUACAAAGUACAGAUCUACUACUCAAAAGUGUCGGCUAUCGCUCUAUAGGCAUUCCAGGCGUGCCAUUCGAUGAGCAACGUGGAACCGUGCGCAAUGUCGAUAAUCGCGUCAUAUCAUCCAACGGCGUAAAGGUGCCUGGACUAUAUACAUGCGGCUGGCUCGCAAGAGGUCCCAAUGGCGUCAUCGCAACGACGAUGUAUGGCGCUUUCGGCACCGCCGAAUGGAUCGUUCGCGACGCACUCGACCGGCAUUUCGAGAUACGUGAUCGUGUCCCACUUGAUCCUGCAUCGCUCUCGUUUGGGCCACAGCGGAAAGUCAUAGAUUGGGGUAGCUGGCAAAAGAUUGAUCACGAGGAGCGGCGCCGCGGUGCGCGGCUGGACAAGCCGCGCGAGAAGAUACUCGAAGUGUCAGAGAUGCUCGACAUUGCUUCUGGCUGAGCUGCCCUACCGGACCAUGACAACCCAAGCCUGACGAAUGGUU